GUAUUCUUCCUCAGUUCCACACGUUUUUACAGGUUAUGAUAUAAUAUUAUAUUCUAAAAUUUUAAAAUAUUAUGUACAAUACAUUAAUAUUUAAUACCUGGAACCGGGACAGACCUCCUCCAACGGCUCCAACUUCCAAGACGUUUCAAUUUUGAAAUAAAGCAUUGCACAUUUUACAUUUAUUUUUUACUGAUCUCGUUAUUCACUGCCGUAGAUCGCUGCUAUUUGCUAAUUGGUGUUUUACUCGAAACGUAUCUGCAUAAUUUAAUGGUAGGCAUCUGCUACUGCCAAACCAAACCCAUAAAUUAUUAAAUAACAAAACACACCUAGAAAUUAUUUUAACCCUUCAACGGAAUUGGUCGAAAAUGAAAGCGAUCAGUAGUGGUUUUACGGUAAUUUUCCGACGAGCAGUGUUUAAUAUCGCUGCCAUACGAGCAUAUGCGUCGGACGUUAAACGGUCGGAUGUAAAGGAUUCAGACCAUCAACGGUUGGACAAGAAACGGUCAAAUGAAGACCCGUUGAACAGUAUUAAGCCUCAUAUGCGAGGCGGAAUACUGUCCGUGGUUGAAAAAGAUAACAGUGGAUUUCCUUCAUACCUCAUACUUAAAGAAACUUGUCCCUUACUGAGUCAAGCCAUGAUGGAAAUAAAAAACAAAAAAAGACGUCAACAAAAUAGCAGCAUACUUUUGGAAGGCAAACGUUUGAUACAGGAUGCAUUAAAUGCCGGUGUGAAGCCAAAACAAAUAUUCUUUAGCCAAAAAAGAGUAUUAGAAAGCUUAUGUUUACCCGAAGAACUACGAGAUCUACCAGCCUCAAGUACAAUAUUUUAUAAGGCUCCGUAUAAAAUGAUUCAACUAUUUUCGGAGACUGAGACAUCUCAAGGAAUAAUGGGUAUUUUUGAAAUUCCAACUAUUGAUCAUAGAGCUCGGAAAAAUGCAUUUCCAAUUACAGUAAUCUGUGAUAAUAUCCGCGAACCUGGUAAUUUAGGUGCUGUGCUAAGAACUGUAACAGCUGUUGGAGCAUCACAAGUUAUUUUAAUGAAAGGCUGUACUAAUUUGUGGGGAGAUAAAGUAUUGAGAGCCGGUUGUGGUGCACAUUUCAGAAUGAAAAUAAUAUCAGAUGUCAGCUGGAGCUUUUUGGAAAAUAUCAAAGGUCAAGUCUGUUUAGCCGAUAACAACUAUGUGGGCAAUAUUGAUUAUUCAAAUAUCAAUGAAAACACAAAUGUAAAUGUUUUUAGAAAAACAGCUCCAAUUGAAUUACCAAUAGCUCCUUACUAUGAAAUAGAUUACUGUAAAAUAACUCCUUUGAUACUCAUUAUUGGAGGUGAGACACAUGGAUUGAGUGAUGAAGGGUACGAGUUCGCUAGAUCAAGAAAAGGUAUCCGCUUAAAUAUUCCACUUGAAAAUGGAAUAGAAAGCUUAAAUUCUGCUACAGCUGUAGGUAUUUUAUGUUUUGAGGCCAAAAAACAAAUGUUAAGUUUAAUAAGAAGUGGAGAUGAAAUCGAUAAAAUUGAACAAGUAUAUUAAGAUAAUAAUAUUAUAGUUUUAAAAUGUAUUUUAUAUAAAAUUAUUUUAAUAUAUAAAUAAAUGAAAAAAAAUAUUAAGUA